CCGAAACCACAACAAUCAAGUUUUCUACAAACCGUAAUCACCUCCCGUCUUCCCUACAACGUCGAGUACUUCAAAACCCGCCUUCAUGAUCGAAAUGCCUUUUGAUCUUCCACAAACACCACAAAGUCCUUCCAAUACCCCAGGCUCCACCGAUACAUCCUCGAAAAAUACAGUCUCUCCACGGAUAAAUACGUCGCUUCCAACACCCGCUCACAGCAUUAACGGCAGCAUGUCAACUAUUAAUUCUGCCAUUGAGGCAUCCCAGUCGGAAGAUCCCACGAACAAGCGCAAGAGAGAUGUUGAAGAUCUUGGCGAUCGAGACCAGAAGAAAGUUCAUGUCGAGGACAGCAGACCUAGUAUUGACGAUCUCCAUCAGGAUGUCGGUAAAAAAUACCUUCUCUGCAGAACUCGUAAGGAUUCCUUCUUUCUAGUUGAUCUAACCUUUUGGUGGCUACAAUCUCAAGCACAUAACUUGAAUCAUAUGUCUUAUCCACCAUGUAUAUGAAACAUUUUGUUAACAUGAAAUGAUGUACAGUUCAUAAGCCUCAGCACUUGAAUAUCAAACAAGAUCUAUAUGAUCGGUUUGGUCUGCAGGGAAUUGCUGCCAGUCUUGCUCGAGUCACUCCAGAUGGAAAGAAGAACACAGUUCGAAAAACUUACAAAGGAUACGUAAAAUCUUUGGGUAUUGCUGGACAGUUUGACGCAGUGAAGGGCCCUGAGCCAGACCAACCCGGAUCACUAUAUUCUUUGAUCAAUCCCGGGGGACCCACCGCGGUUAGGGAAGCGUGGGAUCAAAUUGAAGUACAAGGAAGAGAAAUUGAUAAAGGCAUCCCGGACGAGUUACGAUCGAGUCUCAGCAAAGCUGUAAUCAUGGCUAGAGGUACCAUUCCAAAAGACAGAUGGAAUCAUUCUGUUAUUGGAGAAAUGGGUAAUCAAAUUGUCAACGAUCCUUUGAAAGCCGUUCCCGCGAAGGCAAAGGCUCCGAUUUCGCAGGGCACUAUGAGUGUUCCAAAGCAGAAUAGGGGAGCGGCAGAUAUCGCACGUCCAAAGAGAACUGUUAAGAAGCGAUCGUAUGGUGAUGCCAGUUACGAAGGUUAUGGCGAAGGCUACAUCGAUGACGAAGCUGGAUAUUCCACUGGCGAUGGUGAUGACAGAGCCGGUGGUCGAAAGCGACCUAAGAAGGUGGGUAGUGUGCUAUAUCCAUCAAACGUGCAAGCUAACAAGGGAAAGACUCCAACAUCUCACGGUUUUCAAGGACCGAUGCGUCAAAGUUACGGACCUGGAAUGGUUGGUGCUUGAACUUGAGAGAAAAACGUCUUCGCCCUUCAAAUUUGUUGGCCCAACAAAGAAAAAGCUCCGCGUGUUUUUGGCUCGCUGACUCGUUGCUUAUGGAUUUACACGCUGUUUAUACCAAAAUUACAGGUCAUUCCCGAUAAGAGGUUGAAUGACCCAGCUGCUCUUGAGAAUGAGCACCCAGAG